AUGUCAGCUAUUGAAAACAUUUCACCAGUUAUCAUCAAAAGAAUAUCCAAGGAGUUGAACGUUCUUGUCGCACAGCCUCCAGAAGGAAUUAGAGUUAUCAUUAAUGAGCUGGAUGUUUGUGAUAUUCAAGCUUGGAUAUUAGGGCCUGAGGGAACACCUUACGAAGAAGGAAUGUUUAAGAUUAAAGUGGUAUUAGGCACCGAUUUUCCAUCAAAUCCUACGGCUUCCAUCUCAUCCGAUAAUUUAAAUCACACAAGUGUAACACCAAAGAAACGUGUUGCCUCUAGUGAUAAGAAAUUAGAUAAGAAGCAAGCUGAUAAAAAAAGAAGCAUGAAAAGACUUUAA